AUCCCGCAUGACGACGCGCUCAUUGCCUCACGAUUAUUGAAGAAGGAACGAGCGAGAAGCGUCUCUUCUGCAAUUUCUUCUCUGGACUGGAGGGUUAUUGCCAGAAUAUCUACGCGGCUUAUCUGCACUUUGGUGGAUUUCGCUUGCAUUGUAAAACUUCAUCAUCUGGCUUUCUGACAAGAAACACGAAAUGAAACCCUUUGCCUCGUUUGUCAUCCAGAUUGCGGUGACGCUCCAACUUCAGCUUUCACCUGCUCAGAUUACGGCCUCAUCCAGCUCAAACAGCACAACUGGAGUGUUAACGUUCCAGGAGGUGUGGGGUCGUAGUUUCUGCCGGACCAUAGAGAAGCUGGUGGAGGUGGUCCAGGAGUACCCCGGGGAGGUGGAGCACAUCUAUAGUCCCUCCUGUGUGCCCCUAGUGCGCUGCGCUGGUUGCUGUGGCGAUGAGAAUCUGGAGUGCCACCCUACUCAGACCUCUAAUGUCACCAUGCAGCUGUUGAAAAUCAAGCCAGGGGAACAGGGUCAAGAAUACGUUGAGAUGUCUUUUGUGGAGCACCAGACAUGUCAAUGUAGAAUCAGGAAGGCUGUGGUGAAAAGUGAAAGGAGGGGACAAAGAGGAAGAGGAAGAAAAAGAAAGGAGAGACAGAGAGUGAAAGAUUGUGACAAGUGUCAGCCCCCUCGCAGGUAACUGCAGGAGCAGCCCUACACCUGUUGCCACCGGCAUCUCUAUUUAUUCUCUGCCCAGCGCUAACAGUAUCAAGAGUCUUCUAAACACUGUGUCUCUCUGCACCUAGAGACUCAAUCAGCUGGGUUGUUAUGGUGACUGACAGGCCCUCCAGCCUAGGGGAGUUUUUCUGACUUAAGUUCUACAGGAAGCACAUGUUGCUGGGUGAAAAAAACCACCUUGGUGACAACUGACCUGACAGAUGUUUCUGUGAAGCGGUGCAAUGGAGGACCAAACUUUUUAAGGUUUUAGACUAACAAUCACGAUGGAUAUGUUUGGCAUUAUUACAUGAUUAUUAUUGUUUAGUGUUGUUUUUUAUUGCUGUGGUUGUUUUUGCUGGUGAUCCCGUUUAAAAAUAAUAGGUCUACUUAUAAAUAAAUGUUCUAUUCAUGAAA